AUGAAGUGGAAAUUGCCAGUCAAAGUGGUUGAAGAACUGUCCAGCAAGCUUCUCAGGGAGCUCAAUGAGGUUGUGCAGGGUGCGUGUGGCCAGCCCGCGGGCGGGCAGCUGACCGCGCUGAGGGCCGGGGCUGCCGCGGCCCCUCACGCUGCUAAAGCCCGUCCGGCCGCUCCGGGCCCGGGCCGUGCGGGAGGCGGCCGCAGGCAGCCCCGCUCCAGGGCCGCUGGGUCGAGCGGGUGUCCCCGGGCUCUCCCGAGCUGCCCGGCGAGGCGCAGCCGCCGCGGGCCGUGUGAAGGGCAGAGCCGCUGCAGCUGCGCAGGGCCGGGCCGCAGCUCGGCCGCUUUUCCCGGGGCCAGCUACGGGCCUGCAGUCGCGGCCGCUAUGAAGCAGGCGCUGGUGGACGACACCGAGGAUGUGUCCCUGGAUUUCGGGAGCGAGGAGGAGCUGGCGCUGCGCAAAGCAAGGAUCAGGCACCCACUGGCCACCUUUUUCCACCUGUUUUUCCGAGUGAGUGCCAUUGUAACCUAUUUGUUCUGUGACUGGUUCAGCAACAGCUUUGUUGCCUGUUUUGUCACCAUCCUCCUCCUUCUGUCCUUUGACUUUUGGUCCGUCAAGAAUGUGACAGGAAGACUCUUGGUUGGUUUGCGUUGGUGGAAUCAGAUUGAUGAAGAUGGAAAAAGUCACUGGGUGUUUGAAGCAAAAAGGGUGCCUGCAGUAGCUGCCUCAACUGAAGCUGAAGCCCGAAUCUUCUGGCUCGGUCUCAUCAUCUGCCCAGUGAUUUGGACAACGUUUUUCUUUAGCACCUUGUUCUCCUUGAAGCUGAAAUGGCUGGCUCUCGUAAUUGCUGGGAUCUCCCUCCAGACUGCUAAUUUAUAUGGCUACAUCCACUGCAAGUUAGGGGGACAAAAAACCAUCAGCAGAGUAACCUCACGGUUGUUUGGCACCGCAGAUGUUCCCAAGAGACAGAGCAGGAGAAUUUCAGAAGAUGGCACUGAAGAACAUGGGAAGACAGGCACUAGGUAACUAAACAAGGAAGAGCUGAAGGAUGAGCAGUAAAACAAGUAAUUCAUUAGAGUUGUUCUUCAUGGGAAAGUAUUUAUAUAAAGCUCUUCUAGAAUUACGCCUGCAUGAAAUAAAGUCAUUUGUGUUUGAGUCUUUAGAUCCUGGAAGGUUUCACAUCUUUGUUACUUAAAAGCUUCACCAAAAAGUUGUUUGUGUGAGCACAGACAGUGCUCAUGAAGAAGCACUGUGCUUUCAGAAAAGUUGUCAACUAACCUCAAACUGUUGGAUUGUCUUAACCAGGAAUAACAUGUAAUAAAAAGACAAUGCUAAUUUGUUUAACUUUGGAACUACAAUAAACAAAAUCAAACUGCC